AUGAUGAGCAGGAUUCUCUUUGCUUGCCUGUUUCUCAGUCUGGUCACUGCAGGCUCCUCGCUGAGCUGCAAAUGGAUGGAUCAAAAAUUCAGACAGCACAACGAAGAAACUCUGAAUCUGCUUGAUACCAUGGUUUAUAACUCCACCAACACCACUGAAGAUGCUGAAGUGGAGGUCACUGUGGCUUUCCCUAAUCAUCUGUACCGCCAAGCGUCCAAAGCAUCAGAUGAGGAUAAACUGGCUUUCACAGUUCAGAUUCUGGAGGAGGUGGCUGCCCUGUUUGAGGAGGAUCACAGCUCUGCAUCAUGGGAGGACAGCACAGUGAGGAACUUUCUCAAUAUUGUCAACAAACAGGCUGAAGAGCUUCACUCCUGUAUUGGGAGCCACGGUCACAAGAAGAAGAACUCACAGCUGUAUUUCAGGACAGAAAUGUAUUUCAAAAGACUUUCAGAUGAUGUCCUAAAGAAGAAGGGUCACAGUGCUGAAGCCUGGGAGGUGAUCAGGAAGGAAACCGUAGCCCAUCUCAUGAGAGCAGAACAGCUGACUUCAUCUCUAAUGAUGAUGAGCAGGAUUCUCUUUGCUUGCCUGUUUCUCAGUCUGGUCACUGCAGGCUCCUCGCUGAGCUGCAAAUGGAUGGAUCAAAAAUUCAGACAACACAACGAAGAGACUCUGAAUCUACUUGAUACCAUGGUUUAUAACUCCACCAACACCACUGAAGAUGCUGAAGUGGAGGUCACUGUGGCUUUCCCUAAUCAUCUGUACCGCCAAGCGUCCAAAGCAUCAGCUGAGGAUAAACUGGCUUUCACUGUUCAGAUUCUGGAGGAGGUGGCUGCCCUGUUUGAGGAGGAUCACAGCUCUGCAUCAUGGGAGGACAGCACAGUGAGGAACUUUCUCAAUAUUGUCAACAAACAGGCUGAAGAGCUUCACUCCUGUAUUGGGAGCCACAGUCACAAGAAGAAGAACUCACAGCUGUAUUUCAGGACAGAAAUGUAUUUCAAAAGGCUUUCAGAUGAUGUCCUAAAGAAGAAGGGUCACAGUGCUGAAGCCUGGGAGGUGAUCAGGAAGGAAACCGUAGCCCAUCUCAUGAGAGCAGAACAGCUGACUUCAUCUCUGCAUACUGCCAACUAA